AAGUAAUGAUGGAUCAUAUCUACUUUAAAUGACUUUUUCUAAAUUCCAUGAACCACGAUUUUUCAUGUUUUCAUAGAGAAGAAAUCAUGCAUCAUUAGCAAUGGGAAAGUAAAUCAAAAACUGGAAAACGUUUCAAUCGUUGUCAUUUUACUCUAUAAUGAUUGAAUGAAUAUUAUAUAAUGAUAGAUGAAUAAAUAUUUACUGGACUCGCACACGAUACUGAUAGGUCUUGGGUUCGAAUCUCGUGAUUUUGGAUCGUAGAUGCAUACUGCUGAGGAGUUCCACAAUAGGACGAAACGAUCGUACAGUGCUUUCAGGUUUUCCUUGGUGAUCUAGCAUCAAUUGACUCAUAAUCUCAACUACUAAUAUCAGUUAAUUAUUCAGUGUUUUUUCUAUUAAAUUAACAUACUUCAAUACAAACAAUGAACAAGCCAAAUAUCAAAUUUUAUUCAGUCUUCUCUUCGUGCUCUUACUGCGAUUCGGGAAACGAAAAAAUACUAGUGUUAGCAGUAUUUCAUUUCUGGUUAUCGUAUUUUUAGCGAGUUAGUUUUCUACAGGAUGGGUUCGCUAACCUCAUGCUCAAGCCUCCUCCUUUAUUCAGGUUUGGAGCCGGCAGUAGCUCCAGAGGGGUUCCAGACGGAUUUAUGUUAGUAGUAUUUAACAUAUCAACCAAAGAAUACGUUUAGAUGUGCUUAUACUUAGAAUUUCCUUACCAUUCAACAUUAUGUGCGUUAAAUUAUUUGUUACCGAUUCAUAUGUAAGAGAUUAUUUCCACAUGUAUAAAAGAAUCCUACAGUAUGGGGAAUAUACUCUGAGUAUAUUAGUAGUUCAUAUCAUACAAUUGUAACUAGAUAUUCUUCUUUAUGGCUUUAUCGUUUGUUUUUGGGUUAUUAUUUCCAGUUUAAAAUUUGUGAGAAAUAGAAUUUUAAUGACCAAUCAUUGUUACAAUAGAAACAUGCUAAAGAGCUCGUAUUACUUAUGAUUAUCAAUCAAGAAAGUCGAAUACUUAGGGACCUACGGUAACCAUUUUUUCAACAAAGAAAAAUUUACAGUGAUCAGUUAUUACCAAAUAAUCAUCAACUUUUACGAUAUAAACUAAUUAUAAAUGCAACUUAAGAACAUAGACCUAAUCAUAUAUAAUACAUGUAUUGGAACUCCGACUGCGUCGUUUGAUAUAUAGUGAUCACAUACAAAUGAUUUAAUGUUUUAUACCAUAUCGUCUUAUAUUUAUAAUAAUUUCAAUGGUUAAGAUCAUGAACCAGUUGAAGCUAGAUGACCAUGGAAAACCUGGAAGCACUGAACGGCCGUUUCGUCCUAUCGUGAGGCUCCUCAGCAGUGCGCGCACACGACCCGGGCCCCAGCGAGAUUCGAACCCAGGACCUACUGGUCUCGCACGCGAGCACUUAACCGGCAUCCAACGGUGUUAAUAUUUAACUUCAACUACUCCACGAAAUUGAGCGACACAUCCGCCAUUGUCUUCAGUGAGUUACUAUCUCACAACAGAUCUGGUUGAACUCCACCAUUGAAAAUACUAUAAUAUCCACAAAACACAUCUGAUAUUAUAUUUAUAUCUUUGAACAUGUUGAAAAAAAUGGUAUCAUAUUAUUCCUAUUACUAGAUACACUGACGCAAAAUGCUUCCUGAUGUCUACAAUAGUUCAUGGAAGUACAAAUCAAGAAGUAAAAUUACAAAUAUAUAUAACAUCAGUAAUAGUUCUAUUAUACCAUAUUAUACGAAACAGGUUUUCAUAUUUCUCUCAAUUGAGAUUGCUAUUACUCUGUUGAUUAUCAUGAUCUUAUCAAUCCUGUAAGUUAUUCAAUAAGCCAUAUAAGAGUAAAUAUUUUGUAGAUUUAUAAAUGGAUAUCUAUGGAAUUCAUGGACAGUUUUUCUUUGGGUAUUGGCGUACGUUUUCUAUUAUUGUAAUCUUAUCAUUAUCAUCAACUGUUGAGUUAAAUGUAAUAAAACAAAUUCUAAUAAAGUUUUCCGAAAGUUUGCUUAUUGCAUUCGUCUGUGUACUCAGCUAUAAGAUCAUAAACAUAUAUCAUCAUAUGUUCAGGACUGUGAUCGAUCAGUCUUUUAUUCAGAUAUGUGGAUCUUAUGCGGAUCGCCUCGAUACUGCCUUAAGUCUUAUGCAAGUACAUCAAGCUGACGAGUCUCAAAUAGAACAAAACGCACGUUUUGAAUCGCACAUUACAUUUGUAGACGGAUGUGGAUGAUCAGUAAUUCCGAUAAUAAAACAUAGUAAACAAUAGGGAGUAAUGCACAUCUGAAAUUGAACUAACGUUAAAAAGCAUUAUACUCACAUUUCAUAGCAUGGUCAUCUCAUAAAACCAUUCAAUGAUGUAGUACUGAACAUUUUCAUGUCAUUUCUCUUUUUAUAUUCCAAUCAAAUGUUUAAUAUUAAACAUUAAUCUGUCAUUAUUACGUUAGUAAGAGUGAGUUCCUUCAUCUUAUGUGUGAAUGUCAUUGAAUUGUCUAAGUGUUACAUAACUUGACAACCAGGUUUUGAGUUGUGUAAACGUAUUAUAUGAUAUUUAUUAUCAGAUUGUUUGACGCAUUUUGUUUGGUGAUAUCGAAUCAAGUUCGAUGCUGGUUGACAUCUAUAAUGAAGAAGAGCCUAUAAAGGAGAGACAACUAUUUCAUUAAACGGAAUAUACCCAUUCAGACAUAAAAUCAGGAAAGAGAACUCUUUGUUUAUUAUUUCAUUAACACAGAUUUAGAACCAACUCAUUAUAUCAAUCCAGCAUUUGAAUAGAAUCUUUCGUUAAACUGUAGAAUGAUAUGACCUAGUAUGCUUGUGGUUCAUUCGUAUUCUGAUACUUGGACAGCAUGACACACUUAAAUGAUGUUUAGGCAUAUGGCCAGUCAAUUGGUUUCAAAUUAUCAACUUAUUAUUACUUUAAUUCAAGUAUUUCAAAGACAAUGGUGAAAAUAUGAUUGGUGUUGAAUCGAAAUAUCGAAUUAUGCACGGAUAAUGAAUUCUGGAAACUAGUGUUAGCUGUCAGUCACUGAUUGUCAAAUAUACAGUCGGACAUGCAUACUAUCUGAAUAACGAUAACUUUACCAUUCGUAUAUGCCUUGUCAUUCAAAAAAUCCUAUAACCUAUAUUAAAAUUCAUAAUAAACCAUAGUUCACGUUUUCUAUACUAUAUGAUGCUUGUCUUAAUUUUCUAAACUAUAUAUUAUUGUUAAACUGUAAGCCUCAUUUUAUUUAGUGUUGUCAUCACCCCUUAGUCAAAAUUAUAUUCAGUCAGACCAUUUGGAUUGAAUAGAACCGCUACUUAGAAACACAAGACAGUAAUCAAAAUAUAUCUGGAACAUUCAUAAUUGACCAAGAUAAAAUUAUCUAUUCUCGUCUAAUAUCAGGCAUGAACAAUGAAUCAUCUGAAUAGCUUUAUCUCAACUAUUCGCUCAUAUUGUGAUAAUGAGUGGUUUUAUUUAGUAUGUUUGACUUUUGUUUAGAAGUACAUUCAUAUGACAAUGACAUUUCAAUAUUACACUAAUUCAUUUUGAUCUAUUUUGUAGUUGGUCUGCUUUUGCAUUAGCAAUGUUGAUUAUAUUUUAUCAAAAAAUAAGAGAUGAACAUCCAUUGAAUAUCUAUCUUCUGGUUAUUUACUCGAUAUGGAUCGGUACAGCGAUUGGAAUUUCGGUUUUAAAUUUAUGCGUCUACUUGAAAGUAACUGCCAUCGCAAUCACAUUGAUAUCUUUUAUUUGUUCCAUAUUCAUUGGAGCUGCAAUCCAAACACGAUUAGCUGAUCAUUUCCUGUUAAUUCUAACGUAUAUUGUGAUUCUUUCCAUUGCUUUUGUGGCAGCUGCGAUUGUAUUUUAUGUUUUAGGGCGUUGGGUUGCACUGAUCGCUCUCGAUGUAGGUGCUGACAUAUUACUAUUUCUUAUAACAAUCUGUUUCAGUCAAUUUACUGUUGGAAAAUCAGAAGUGCGGGUCUUCUUUCCACAUUGGACGUUGGCAGUAUUAGUACUGUAUACUCUCUUUUACAUCGAUUUAUCAAAUAAUUUAUAUUUGGUAGGCAUUGUAGAUUUCAUCAAUACCAUCAACGAGACGAAUAGCACGCCGUGUUGGUAGUUUUACUGUUUAUAAGGAGGUAAAUGUGACCCUUUUGAGACUAAAUUUGUGUUCAAGUACAAAUGGAUUUGGAAUGAGAUUUCUCACUCAGACAUUUCCAAUCUGUUCGAUUUUAUUCCAUCUGUAAUAAAUUAUACGCUG